UCGUCGCGUGCAGUCGCGUUCGACUCCUUGAUAUAAACGUACGAAAAAUGCCGAACUGUAAAUCCGAAGAACGCGGAACGGCCUACAUUUUUUGUGGAUUCUACAAACUUGUAUGAAUAACCGGAAAACUAUAGUGGUCUAAGUAGUGUUGCGUUCGAUUGUGUUCAACGGAAACGAGGUGCCAAAGCGAUUUCUUCCAAAGUUGCGCGGCAGUAUUAAAGAAGAUUUAUCUUUUAGCCAAGUUAUAUUUUUUCGGUUAAAUUUAGAAACUUCCAGUGCAUUAAGUCGGAUAUAAUCCUCACACACGCUCUCACUAAAGUUCCAAAACGAUUCAUGUCAAAUGAGUUCUUAUACGAAUAAAAAUAGAACACUAAUCUUGUAAUAUAUGAAGCGACAUUAAUUUUAACAGUCGAAAGUGUCACUUUGUUAUUUGUCAACGAGUUGAUAAAGAACUUAAAUAAACGUUGACAGAUUUAGUAGGAACAGGUAGGCUUGUUAAGUCAGAUGAGUUGUGACAUGAUGGUUUGGAGUAAUUAAGGAGGCUAAUAAGUUAUACGUGUUUUUGAUGUAAACGCUCACUAAUUAGUUAUAAUUUAAUUAUAAAAUAUAUAGUGAUAAUGAAGAGAAGAAGAGUGUAACAUUAUAUUAAAGUGUAUAAAAUAUAUAUAGAACUGGGGAAAAUAUUAAAAUGGUUGCUGAACUCAAAAGGAUAAAAUGGCAUUCCUAUGUCCUGAAUGCAUUUCUUCUGUUUGCUUCGAUGAUUUACGAAGCCGGAGGCCUUCGUACCACGGAACUACAUGUAAUGCCUCGGGUAGUACAGAGAGGAAGGAAUGUCACUAUGGCAUGUCUGUAUCAGGUUCAUCAAAGUGAAAUAUACUCGGUGAAAUGGUACAGGGGCACACAGGAGUUUUAUAGAUAUUCGCCUUUAGAAUCGCCAACAACUCGAGUUACGCCUGUAAAUGGUAUUAAGGUUGAUAGACUAAAUUCCAAUGAAACGCACGUCGUCCUGAUGCGUGUAACAGCGAAUCUCAGCGGUAAUUAUAGUUGCGAAGUAAUUCAGAACGCUCACACCUUUCCCCAUUUCACCGCCAGCGCUAGGCUCGAUGUUGUAGGUAUCGGCGGGCUUCGAGCUAUUGAACUAAAAAUAUCACCUCCAGUAGUCCAGCGGGGAUCAGAUGUUAUCCUCGCUUGUCUUUACGAGUUGACGGACGCUCCUCUAUAUUCUGUGAAAUGGUACAGAGGGCGACAUGAGUUUUAUAGAUACUCGCCGACCGAAACACCCGCUACGAAGAUAUUUCCAUUCGCUGGCAUCAAUGUUGACCUGGCGAGAUCCAAUCAGAGCCAAGUUGUGCUAACCCGAGUGAGUUUUGGUCUGUCGGGAAACUUUAGCUGUGAGGUUACAGCGGAUGCACCUUCUUUUGCGACCUCCAUCGUAUCUAAUACAAUGGACGUUGUCGUCUUACCAGCAACUUCACCAUCUAUCCUGACGAGCCAGCAUUACUACAUGCCAGGGGACGUCCUGCGAGGCAACUGUUCCUCAGGACCGAGUCGCCCGCCUUCCGAGCUUACCUUCUACAUCAAUGACCUACCGGUUACACCAGGGAUGCAUCAAGUCCAGCCGGCACCGGAUGGGCUUUUCUGGUCAGAACUGUAUGUUCAAAUCCAGUUGUGGCCGGCCCACUAUGAGAGGGGAGCGCCAAUACUUCGUUGCGAAGCAAAAGUCUCCGACCUGUAUAGAGACAAUUCGGCAGUUGCGCUAUAUUCUGCCAACAGUGACCCAAAAAUUGAAAGAGUGACGUCACCCGGUUCCGGAGCCAAACUUCGCGCUUGCCAAUUCCUCCUCCUACUCCACAUUAUUGUGUGGGCUAACAAUACAUAGGCAUAGCCGCCGUAUGUGUACAAAUGUAUUUCGUCGAAGUGACAAAGUGAAAUGGAACGAAAAACAGAAAAUGAAAUCAAGAGAUCUAACUGAAUUGUUCGUAUCGUUAUUAACAUCUGAUUGGUCAAUUCAAAUGGUUUCCCUUUCAUUUUAUCGCUAUGAAGAAUAAUUAUAGUCUAUAUAAUAUAGAUACGCCAUAGAUGUACUCGAUUCUGGUCAAGAAGUGAAUUAUAAAUAGUUAAUUAUACCUAAAUGAGCUAAUUAUACCAAAGAAUGUAAAGACUAAGAAUAUUGUUGAUUUAAUACAAAUUAUAUGUCAAA